AUGAUGACAAGUUGUGGUCAACAGUCCUUGAAUGUGCUGAUGGUUCUGCUUUCAUUACUCUUGUCAGCAGUGUUGUCUGCACAUUUUCGGGUCUGUGAACCGUAUACGGACUACAAGGGUCGCUACCACUUUGGUUUUCACUGCCCCCGUCUUUCUGACAAUAAAUCUUACAUCUUUUGCUGUCACCAUAACAACACAGUAUUUAAAUACUGCUGCAAUGAGACAGAAUUUCAGACUGUUAUGCAGAUGAACUUAACAGGGAAUGCAGAUGGAUAUAUGCAUAACAACUACAGUGCACUGUUAGGAGUGUGGAUCUAUGGCUUUUUUGUGGUGAUCUUGCUGGUACUGGACCUUUUGUAUUACUCUUCAAUGAACUAUGAUAUUUGCAAAUUUUACCUGGCACGUUGGGGAAUCCAGGGAAAGUGGAUGACACAGGGACAGAGCCGAUGGAUUAACCCUGCUCAGGAUCGAAGCCAAGUACAGACACAGCCUCAGCCAGAGACACAGCCUCAAACUCAGCCACAGCCUCAAACAUCACAGACAGUACAUACUUUAAAAGGAGAUGCUUUAAGCCCACCCCUGAUGUCUUUUCAGAGUACAUCUGCCUGUUUGCCAGUUUUCAUGGUAACAGAUAUUGUUGAAGUUGUUAGCUUCCUCUACUAUGUUUGUCCUGAUAUAGUUAAAAAACAUGCCCAUUCUAGUACGUAA